AUGUGGGUUGCUUUCUGUGAAUGGUGCUUACUGGGACUGAGCUCACUCAACAUCGUUGCCUUCACCAAAAUACUCAAGAAAUUCGAUAAGGUUACGCAUGGGCAAGCAUGCGGGAGUUCGUAUCUUAAGGUUGUCAAGAGAUCACAUUUCAUUAGCUCAGAUAAGGUUGUAAGACUAAUGGACGAAGUGGAGUCAUUCACACAGCACUUUGCCAACAGUGACAGGAAAAAGGCCAUGAAGUUCUUGCGACCCCAACACCCAAAUGACUCUCACAUGGUUACUUUUUUUGUAGGUUUGUUCACAGGGAGUUUUGUCACAUUGUUUGGUGUGUAUGCCACGUUAGCACAUCUCAGUGGUAUGUACUCGUAUGAUUACUUGGAAAUGGUCUAUCCUGUUUUCAGCGUGUUCGCGUUGCUGAGCCUUCACUUGUUCAUGUAUGGAUGCAACCUGUUCGCGUGGAAAAGCACGAGGAUCAACCACAACUUCAUAUUCGAUUUCCAGGCGAGCACGGCCCUCAAGUACCGCGACGCUUUCCUCAUCUGCACCUGCUUGAUGACUGCUGUUGUCUCCGCUAUGGUCAUACACCUCAUCCUCGUAUCUACUGGCUUUGCCCCUCGUCAAGUCGACUUCAUUCCUGGGAUUCUCUUUCUGAGUUUUGUGGCUAUCCUGAUUUGUCCGUUGAACGUUUUCUAUCGCCCAACAAGGUUCUCCUUUCUUGGCAUCAUUCGCAAUAUCGUGUGCUCUCCAUUUUACAAGGUUUUGCUUGUAGACUUCUUCAUGGCUGAUCAGCUGACCAGUCAGGUUCCAUUGUUGAGGCACAUGGAAUCAGCCAGCUGUUAUUUCCUGGCCGGAAGUUUCCAGACACACCGCUACGAAACCUGCAAGUCUGGGAAGCUCUACAGGGAGCUCGCAUAUGCCAUCUCCUUCGCACCCUACUACUGGCGUGCAAUGCAGUGUGUAAGAAGAUGGUUGGACGAAUGUAAUAUCGACCACUUGAUCAACUUGGGAAAAUAUGUAUCAGCUAUGGUGGCAGCCGGGGCACGGGUGACCUAUGCCAGAGAGCCGUCGUCACAGCUAUGGAUGAGCAUAAUGUUAGUGAGCUCAGUUGUGGCCACGGUAUACCAGCUGUACUGGGAUUUCAUGAUCACCAAACAAACACACCCUUAGUUUCAUUCAACAUAUUUUAAUUUAUUUUAAUUAACUUUUUUUUUUAAUGAUGAUAUCUGACUUUUUGUCAUUGUUGGCCUUUUUUUUUAUUAUUAUUCCAAAGUAUUAUUGUGGAAUUCAUUAUAUUUUUUUAACAUGAUACUAACAUUUUGUCUUUUCACUUCACCUGUUGAUGUGGGAGACGAUGUACUUUUAUAAAAUUAUUUUAAUUUUAUGAAAUAUUAUGUUAAAAUAAUGUUUUUUUA